UGUUGAUGUUGUGAGUAUUGUGUGGCGGUGCGGACAUUCGGUCGUUCUCGAGGAGAGUGCUUUCGUGUUAGUAAAAGCCUCAUACCUAACUGUGAUAGUGGCAGUUAGUUUGAUGUCACCAGGUCAUGGAGAGUGUCCAAGCCAGGCAGAGAGGUUCACUUGACUUUGAAGGAUACUACAAGCAACUAUGUGCUCUGCAGGAUACCUGUCCGUUGACGAGUGUCAAAGGUCAUCUUACAGAGGGGGUCUUGGACAUCAACGGGGAUCGGGUUCGAACCCCAGACUGGCCACCGAUUCUCAACUCCCUCCGGAUCAACAAAAACCUUCAGUUUGUUGCAGUGAGGAGUUACUUUCAACAGAGCUGUGGUAGUGAAGACUCCAAGGAUGGUAAGGUGCGAUCCCGCAUAAAGCGUAGACAGCCUCCGAUUCGCUCCAAGGACCUGACGUAUCGUCUGUGUGUUGCUUUAAAGGAAUCACUCUCUAUCACUCAAGCACUGGGCUACGUAGAGCUACAAGGAUUGCCACUGAGGAUGAAGGAUCUUGUAUUGCUUGGGAUGGGUAUAAUGAAGAACAAUACUCUGCAGCACCUUUCCAUGGAUUCGUGUCGCAUCGGUGAUCGUGGGACGGAGAAAAUCUGCAAUGCCAUCAAGAAUUCCCCCGGCAUCGUAUCGCUGAACUUCUCAGCGUGUGGUCUAACGAGCAAAGGUGCAGAAUCACUAGCCAAGCUGGUGAAACACCAGUCGACCCAGCGCCACAGUGAGGCGUGGAAGGAUAGCCUUCGGUACAGACGCCCAGACUUGGAUCAGAUGUCUGGAAUAAGACGAAUCACCCUCAACAACAACCCUCUAGUCAACGAUGAGGGAGCUGAAGCCUUUGCAGAGGCACUUAAGGAUGAUCUGUGGCUCAAAGCUCUUGACAUGCAGCAUUGUGGUAUAUCCAAUGUUGGAGCCACGGCAUUCUUAGACGGUUUAUAUCAGAACCCAUCAAUAGUGGUGCUAGACAUGAGGAAAAACCAUCUUGUCGAUCGUGACUUAUUGAAGACAGUGAUGGAACAAGUCAUGAUCAAUGCAGGAGGAGAGGAUCAUCAAUUACAGUACAAAUGGUUACGAGCAAACAACAGCAGCAAGGAGCGUGGCGGAACCCACAAAAAUCGUAGAAAAACCAAAACACUGAACAGCAGCUUUGGUCGCAAGACGACAAUCCGCGUCACGAGUGGCCAGUCGUCAGCGCCCCCGCGAUCCAGGGCCAAGCCAAGCGGUGAUGGGAUUUCUGUUCGUGCAACGAGGGCGAUGGAACCAGAGGAGUUUAUACCUGCAGUGUCCAGGCCGGGUCCUGGGUUUGUUCCGUGGAGAACGGCAGCUAGAGCAACACACAGGAGGGUUCUACCAGACGGGCACAAUAUCGAAGUUAACACGAGCCCUAGUUCAACUCCGAGUAAAUCAUGUGCGUCCAUCCACGUCCACGCCGUCUCGUCAGGAGAGUUUGACACCAGCGAGAAAGACACCACGGGGUCACCAAUGACGAUGAUGUCUAGUAUGAGGGACACGGAGGACAUGGAAGGUUUUGACAAAAGGAUGAAGAGACAGAUGCAGGUUGAAAUUGAGGAGCUCCACCGACGACUCUUCAUCGAGAGCCGAGCGAGGGCAGCAUCCGAUGCGCAUGUGGUUGAACUAGAGGUCAGCAACAGUCGACUUCGACACCAGAUACAGUUACUGGAGGCACGGUCACCGACUUCCCCACUGAGGGUGAGGGGUGGGCCGUCGGUCACUGCAGAGCAGCCGGAGGAUGAGAGUAUACUGGAUAGCAUCGAGGAGUCUUUUGCUAAAUUCCAUGGAUUUCUGGAUCUACUCAGGGAGGCUGGUCUCGGGCAGCUGUGCACCCUGGUAGGGAUGACCCCCGGAGAGAUCACCAGCAACCCUCAGGUACGAUCCAUCCUACAGAAACAUCAGCCGACCACCCACCAGUACUAUCCCUCAGAGAUCCCACCUUACCAAUAUACACCCCACAGGUACCCAAAUGAUCCCCCAGGAAGGCGUGACUAUGGCCCGGAGAGUUCAGGAAUCCAGGUUUCUGGACCACCGGUAACCCCAACGAGGGAUACGUCGUCGAAAACAGAUGGAUCCAAUGCGGCCAUUAGAGCUGAGGAACCUGAAAUUAGGCCACUUUAUCUGCAUGCUCCACUCGUCAUGCAGGAGGGACAAAAUGGGCAGAGUCAGCAGGGUUCAAAUCCAGCUGGAACAUUCAGUGCCAACACACAGGGCCGUUCAAGAGACGGUGGUGGUUCAGUAAGUGGAGUAGCAAGACCCGUUGUUGUUCAGCUCCCACUCUCUGAUCCUCCAGCACCUCAAGGAGAGCAUUCGACAGAAACUGAUGUUAGACACCAAGUAAAUGAACAAUCAGACUCUCGUGUUGAGGGACAGCAGACUGAUCUGGAGAAGGAACUGAACAGGCCUCACAUUGAGUUUACCAACAACACAGGCUCAUCAGGAGAUGCUCGUCCCAAGCCUGGACCAAGAGACCUCUCGGGUGGAAAUGAAAAUCAACAAGCAACAUACAUGACUGAAGAUAGGACACCAAAUAGUGAUGUCUUAACCCAUGAAAAAACCAAAGACUCUCAGGACCACUCUGACAACGAGGCUUCAGUUCAAAGUUCUCUUGGCAGCGGCAGCCAUAGAUCCUCAACACCAACGAAGAACAAGGGCAGCCUGUCAGGAUCUGACAAUCCCACUGCUGCCACCUACUCCGUUGAUGAGGAUUUUGAAGACAUGGGCUCACCUGUGUUGAAGGAACUGGAUAACUCUGAUGAAGACCUGUUCUUGGAUCUACCUACCCCUACCAAGAGGGCUGGGACGGGUAAGAACGGAAAUAAUGAGAAGGGCGUUCGAGGAGACGAUGAAUACAGCAGCGACGAAGAUUUUUAGAGACUGUUAAAGGCACUGGACACCUUUGGUAAUAGUCUAAAGACCAGUAUUCACUUGGUGUAUCCCAAAAUAUGCA